AUGGCUUACGAUUUCGCAAGGAUAGCUUUUGCAUCAGCCGAAAACUACGAGAAUGUUAGAUCAGGGUACCCUGAAGAAGCGGUCAAGUACUUUUUACACAGACUUGGUAUAAAAGUUAAUGACCGCGCAGUCAGUUCGAAGGAAGCUCGCCCCUUCACAAUCUUGGAAGUAGGUAGUGGGACAGGAAAAUUCACUCGGGUGAUGGUGAAAGUGUUGUCAGAUAAGAAUGUCAGGGUAAUUGCGAGCGAGCCUUUGGAGAGCAUGUGUGAGCAGUUUAAAGUAAUGGUACCUAGAAUGGAUAUCAUCCAAUGUGCUGCCGAAUGUAUACGUGAGUUAAAGCGCAAAAUUUUAUCAUUUUGUUAAUUUAAUUUAUAUUAGUGUAUUUGAAUAUGAAAGCAAUCUUCGCGGUAAUGAACACUACUUGAGCAGUAAUGAAAAUAAGGCCUGAAUUAGGAAAUAUUACGACGGAAGAAGAAAGUAUCAAAGGCCAAAAAAACAAACUGAAAAAAGGGCAUAUGAGAAAAAUGAGAACAAAAUGUAUAAUUCAGAACUAAAGUAACGAAUGGAAUAAAGAUUUACUUUCACCUCCCCACAAACCUCCCACCCUCACUCCUGACCCGUUCAGAUGCAUGCCAUUGGGAAACAGUGGCUGUUCCGUUUUAAUUAAUUGCAAAAUAGCUUUUUGGAAACUGAACGCAAAGGAUGGUUAUAGUCAGACCUGUUACUACUACAAUGAACUUACUUUCUUAUGCUUGAAUGUUAACAGCCCUCCCUGAUGCCAGUGUGGAUGUAGUUGUUGCUGCUCAAAGUUUUCACUGGUUCACAAACCGUGCAGCUUUGGAGGAGAUUCACCGAGUUCUAGUUCCAAAUGGGGCUUUUGGUACCCUAUGGAAACUGUUAGACCUCUCUAUACCAUGGGCCAAACAACUUGGCCAUCAUUUGGACGUUUUAGACAAGGAAAGUUCAUUAGUUUUUCCACAUCAAGAAGAAUGGAAAGAAGUUGUUGGCAUGCUUGUAAAGAGUUUAUUCAGUUUUCCACAAGAGUACAUAGGGUUUGAGCACAGUUUAGAAGUAAGUUCUUGUAAUCAAGCUUAUCAACAUUUUGCUUCCUAUUCUGUUAUUGCUGGAAACAGUGAAAUUAAAAAGAAGGCUUUUAAAGAGUUUUUUGAUGAGCUCAUGAAAAUGCAUUUUAAGGAAAAAGGCAACCCAUGUACUAAGAUUCCAUUUACAAUAUACAUGUACUGGUUUCACAAAGAAGUUUAAAUUUCAAGAACUCACAAAUGAUAUGCAUAGUUUUGUAUGAGUAGCAUAAUAGCAUAAUAACGUUAUUUAGAAAUUCUUGUUGCUAUUUAACAACAUUGUAAUUUUAAAAUAAUAUAUCUGUGAAAAAGAAAUAGUUUAACUAAUUUAUCACUACUAAACAUUAUUUCUCUGAAAAUGAUGUGCUGAAUCUAGGGAGUACUUUCUAGAGUCGGGGGAUAGAAUGUCCGAAAGAGAAUGACACAAAGUGAAGAGAUGAAUAACCAACUAAAUCAUUUGAAGAGAAAACAGACCUGGAACAUAAUUUUUAUUAAUGAAAGUUUGAGAACCAUGUGUUGAUACUGGAAAUGCAGAGAGUAGUAAGUAUGGCAACACUUGCGAUGUUCAAACUUUAAAACUUGAUGUACAAGAGAGAUGUUCACUAACAUUGCUGUGUAUUUUACAUCACACCUGGCACAUCCUUAAUUUUUUUUUAAUUAUACCAGUUUACUUUUUUAAUAUGACAUUAAGUCUAUGGACAAUCUCCAUCUAUUUCAAAUACAUUAUAUUCAGUAACAACACCAAAAUGCCUCAAGAAAACUCUCUACCUCAAAUUUAACUUGGGUUAUGUAUUGCAUCAGAAACAGCAAAGUUCAUUUAAGGGUCCUAGCUUUUCUUCCC